UGGACAGCGCAUCCGGGCCGGGAGGCAAGCGGGCUCCCUCCCGCCUUGCCCUCUGCGGGAGCUCGCGGGCACACCUCCCACCCACUCACUCCGACUCCAGCUCCUGAGCGCUGUCAGUCUCACCCUCCUGAUUCAGCGCACUCCCGCCGCCCGCUCAUCCAUCCGUUUCGGGUCCCCUCGCCUUCAAAAUCACUCGGGCGCUCUGCGCUUUCCCCUCUCCUGGCUCUGAGAACCCUCUCUUCCCCUUCCCUACUUAGCAUUCUAGGCUUUCAGAGCGUUGCCGCCACGUCUCAAAGCCCUAACUCCAACACGCACACACACACACACACACACACACACACACACGCAGACACGCACGUUUCCUGUCCCUGAGUGAAACCUACCCGCGGCCGCGCGGGUCCCCGCGCGUUGCCCUCUUUGCACACACACGCACACACACGCACGCGCGCGCGGGACCGAGCCGAGGGCAGCGCGCCCACACUUCGCACUCGGAGGCGAUCUGCUCCGGUCUCGCAGCGCCGAUGGCAUCUCCCGGCUCCAGCUUUUGGUCUUUCGGCUCUGAAGAUGGCUCCGGGGAUCCCGAGAACCCCAGCACAGCGAGAGCCUGGUGUCAGGUGGCCCAGAAGUUCACCGGAGGCAUCGGAAACAAGCUGUGCGCUCUGCUCUACGGAGACGCCGAGAAGCCAGCGGAGAGUGGCGGGAGCGAGCCCCCGCGGGCCACGUCCCGGAAGGCCGCCUGUGCUUGCAACCAGAAGCCCUGCAGCUGUCCCAAAGCGGAUGUCAACUACGCAUUUCUGCACGCAACAGACCUGCUGCCAGCCUGUGAUGGAGAAAGACCCACCUUGGCGUUCCUGCAGGAUGUUAUGGAUAUUUUGCUUCAGUAUGUGGUGAAAAGUUUCGAUAGAUCAACCAAAGUGAUUGAUUUCCAUUACCCUAAUGAGCUUCUUCAAGAAUAUAAUUGGGAAUUGGCAGACCAACCACAAAAUUUGGAGGAAAUUUUGAUGCAUUGCCAAACAACUCUAAAAUAUGCAAUUAAAACAGGGCAUCCCAGAUAUUUCAAUCAACUCUCCACUGGACUGGAUAUGGUUGGAUUAGCAGCAGACUGGCUGACAUCAACAGCAAACACUAACAUGUUCACCUAUGAAAUUGCUCCAGUAUUUGUGCUUUUGGAAUAUGUCACCCUAAAGAAAAUGAGAGAAAUCAUUGGCUGGCCAGGGGGCUCUGGUGAUGGGAUAUUUUCUCCUGGUGGCGCCAUAUCUAACAUGUAUGCCAUGCUGAUUGCACGCUUUAAGAUGUUCCCAGAAGUCAAGGAGAAAGGGAUGGCCGCUGUUCCCAGGCUCAUUGCCUUCACAUCUGAGCAUAGUCAUUUUUCUCUCAAGAAGGGAGCUGCAGCCUUGGGCAUUGGAACAGACAGCGUGAUUCUAAUUAAAUGUGAUGAGAGGGGGAAAAUGAUCCCAUCUGACCUUGAAAGAAGGAUCCUUGAAGCCAAACAAAAAGGAUUUGUCCCUUUCCUUGUGAGUGCCACAGCUGGGACCACCGUGUAUGGAGCAUUUGAUCCCCUCUUAGCUGUCGCUGACAUUUGCAAAAAGUAUAACAUCUGGAUGCAUGUGGAUGCCGCUUGGGGUGGGGGAUUGCUGAUGUCCCAAAAACACAAGUGGAAGCUGAGCGGCGUGGAGAGGGCCAACUCUGUGACAUGGAAUCCACACAAGAUGAUGGGCGUCCCUUUGCAGUGCUCUGCUCUCCUGGUCAGGGAAGAGGGAUUGAUGCAGAGUUGCAACCAGAUGCACGCCUCCUACCUCUUCCAGCAAGAUAAACACUACGACCUGUCCUAUGACACUGGAGACAAGGCCUUGCAGUGCGGACGCCACGUUGAUGUCUUUAAGUUAUGGCUGAUGUGGAGAGCUAAGGGAACUGCUGGGUUUGAAGCACAUAUUGACAAGUGCUUGGAGCUGGCAGAGUAUUUAUACAAUAUCAUAAAAAACCGAGAAGGAUAUGAGAUGGUGUUUGAUGGAAAGCCUCAGCAUACAAAUGUCUGCUUCUGGUACGUUCCUCCGAGUCUGCGUGUCCUGGAGGACAACGAAGAGAGAAUGAGCCGCCUCUCAAAAGUGGCUCCGGUGAUUAAAGCCAGAAUGAUGGAGUUUGGGACCACAAUGGUCAGCUACCAGCCUUUGGGAGACAAGGUCAAUUUCUUCCGCAUGGUCAUUUCAAAUCCCGCAGCAACUCACCAAGACAUUGACUUCCUGAUUGAAGAAAUAGAACGCCUUGGACAAGAUUUAUAAUAAAUUAACUCAAUAAGCUGUUUCAAUUCUCUAGGUAGACAAUUAAGUCAUCACAACCUGUGUGAAUGUAUUUGUAGUCUGUUCCAAAGUAAAUCUAUUUCUAUAUUGUGGUGUCAAAGUAGAAGUACAGUGAAAAACAACAACAUUGCUCCUUUAAAAAACCCUUUCUUAAGUUAGAAUACCUCUCUAAUAAUUAGUGACAAAGGCUGUGUUCUCGUCAACGUGGAAAAGCUUAAAAUUGUUAUAAGUACUUCCCUUACUUUUAAUAGAGUGUGCAAAUCAAAUGUUAUUUUCACUUAAAAGUAGUAGGAUUGAAUAGUGCCAAAUUGCCCCUGAAUCAUAAAAGGUUCUUUGGGGUGCAGUAAAAAGGAUAAAGUAAAUAUAAAAUGUAUGUUGACAAUAAAAACUCUUGCCUUUUUCAUAGUAUUAGAAAAAAAUUUCUAAUUUACCUAUAGCGACAUUUCAAAUGUAUUUAAAUACAUAUAAUUUUACAAAAGUAAAACAUAUAUAUAUUAAAAAGAAAUCCUAUUUUGUAACAUAUAGAUUUUUAUUUUAUAUGGGUUAUACAAACUGCAGGGGCAGAUAUAAAAACUAAGCCAGAUUUUUUUUUUCUUUUCAUGGAGGCACAAUAAAACACUUAGCAGUUAUUUUGAAACAUAGACCCACAAAAUUCUUAAAAAAGAUAUGAUGCCUUCUUCCUAUUCAUGUUAUGGCUUAUCACAUCUAUAAAGUCAGUAUUAUAAAACAAACACAAAAGAAUACUGCAAGUCCCUUAAUAUAAUUGAUCAGAGAAACAAUAAGAUUCCCUUCCCAUUUAAAAAUGUUUUCCACCCGGUUGACCCUUUGCAGAUCUGCUCAGUGAGCAUGACAAGCCAAGCCCCAUCUUAGACUGAACUGGGGCACUCAUCUCUAUUUUACUUUCCAGUUCACCCUGUUUUAAACAGAAAGUUGAUGCUGGUUCUUAUGGCAUCUUCCCAAACCAUAGUCUUUUAUUUGGUCAUCUGGAUUAAUUAGAGAAAAAUAAAAUCUAAUCAACCUGGGCAAGGAAGAACGAAGCGCAUUCCAGAAUGUGGUGAGCCCAGGAAAUCAAAGCCAGCCGCGGGAGAAGAGAUGUCUGCUUGAGAAUGGUGGUGUCAGCCCGGACGCUGCUUUGCCACUGUCCAGGAAGGAGUCCUUUACCACCUGAGUAAUUGCUUAGUUCCAUUUCCAACCAUCUCUACCCACGAAAGUCUCCCCUGCUAGGUGCCCCAUCACUGGGGUCCCAAAUAAUUAAUUUCAACUCCAUGGGUAGUUACUUUUGUCCCUCUGGUGAAAAUAGUUCCUCACCAGGGAUUUUGAGAGAGCACCUUAAGACCUUCUUUUCUCUAUCUCCCAUCAAGAUCCAAAGUGCCCGGAUUAUGCAAAGAUUAAGGUCCUUAGAAUUCAAAACAAUAUUUGAAAGCAUCCUCUGCCCCUGCAAACGUGAUGGAGAGACAUGAGCUAACAAGAGGCCCCCUCAGAGAGUUCUGGGCCUGCUGAUUCUCAGAUGCCGAGGGGGCUGCGGACUCAUAUGUGAAGUUGCAGACACAAAUUUAGAAACAUUUCUCCUUUAUGGACCAGAAAUCGCGUUUACCAACAGGUGACUUUCCCCACCCUUUGCCCCUUCCAGGUCCUUCCCCAAGUUUGCUGGGAGCUCAACCAUGUGUAGUGCAACCCCUACCAGCCGUAGCCCGGGGAAGGAGGUAAAUAGAAGACUAAUAGGUCCCAGCAGUUUAAUAAAUAUUCUUUAAAGUAGGUCUGUCACCCACUCGGGUGGGAGGGAGUGAGGAGGUAGGUUGUUUUGAACAUUAGCCAAAAUCCCCAGUACCAAAGGUGAAACCAUUCUUUACAAAUUUUAGAAAAGUUUGGUGGUAGCUUUAAUCAGAAUUAACAUGACCAUUUUCAUUUAUACAGCAAUAUUGUGUUUAUUAUUUUUAAAUACUUGAAACAAGUGUGGUACGUCUUAAUCUGAGACAUAUAAAUGGGAUUGAAUUCAUGAAUUAUCACAAGGCUGUGAGGAAAGAAAAAGAAUCAGUUGUGUAUGUAACUGUGUUGCCUUUAUUGUAUUGAUAGUACUGUCUUGUCACCUCAGAUUGUGGUUGUGUGCUUUAGAUAUGAACUUUACAGUGCUGCAAAUCAACAUGUGUUGCUGUAAAAGCUUGUACAAUAUAUUAUUGACAUGUCUUUUUCUGUGUGGUAGCUGUAUCGAUAUUCUGAGAACUGCAUUCGCACUGUUCCUGUAAUCUCUCUCCCCUCCUCUCUGCUAAACUGUACGCCCUCCACAUCAGCUCUAAUACAGAACAUGCCCUCGGCUAAGCACCCCACUGCGAGUCUCCUUUGACAAUUGUGAUUUCACAAAAAGCA